AUGGAACUGAUCCCGGUUAUUGAUCUGACUUCUAAUGAAUCAGAAGAAGGACACAACAAUAAAUAUUCGGUAUUUAAUGCAAGCAUCAAUCAUAAUGAUGAUACAGUGAAGGGAACAAAUGACGAUGAUGGAGUAAUGAGUAGGGCAAGUACGAGUGAUAAUAGUGUGAUUAAUAGUGUAGGUAGUGAAGAAGAACGUACUGAGGGCAGUUCAAAGUUUCCAACAGGGAUGAGUUCUCAGGAGGGAUAUAAAUCAGGCACUAAGCGUUUGAUGACUUUGAAGAGUUUUAUGGAUAAGAAGGAACCUUCUUCGCCAAUUCAAGGAAUGAAACUACGAUUCAAAAAUAGAGAUAAUGGAACAACUCCUGUUUCCUCGCAAGAAGGACCUCUUCGAUCAGCAGAUAUACGAAGUUCACCAUUGAAGAACAUCGAUACUAACAACAGGAAACGUCACAGAGAAGAAGAAGAAAGUGACGAUUAUAUUAAUAUCCACAAUAAUGGUAAUGAUUCACAUAGUGUGAUAGAUAGUACCUUAAAUGUGAAUAAAAGAAGGCAUAUAUCGGAACAAAAUAUUGAGAAAGAAGAUAAAAUAAUGACAAAUGAAUUACAAAUUAACGAAAUACCGACUAACUUUAACCUUAACCAAAGUGUCAUUGGAAAAAACAUUAGUAGUGAUAAGAAUAUUCUCGAUCAAGAGACUGAUGCAUCUGUCAAAAUUAUUAAUCAUGAUGAAAUUGAAGAUGUUACCGCGAUAAAUGUAACUGAUGCCAAAGAGCAGGUAUCUCCAAAUACAAUGAGAUUAGAAGUUGGAAAAAUAUAUGAAGAUGAAGAUGAAAACAUAUUUCAAAAAGCAUUAUUGGAUAUGGGAAAUAAAAUCAAGAACGAUGUGAUCUCAAUAUCUGAACCAGAAACUUUUACUAUAAUCGAAGAGAAAAAAAAUUCUUCAGUGAUAGAUCUGAUACAUGAUAAUAACGAAGUUGAUAGUGAAAUAGAAGAAAUUUCAAGUUCUCCAAACCAAAUUUCAAGUAGUACGAAAACAGGCAUUGAUACAAAAGAGUUAUCUACACCAGAGGAGAUUCAAGCUAAAUAUUCAGAAAUGAUCUCCAAAAUUAAAUCUCAGGAAAAAGAAAUGGAGAGAAACUUGAGUUCACUUAAAGGAAAUAAUGCCAUAUUAACUAAAAAAUUAAUAAAAAGGGAUGAGGAAUUGACCGCGGCUACAAAGAAGGCAAAUUUGCUUGAUAAAAGAAUAGAAAAUGGAAAUGGUACAUCUUCAAAAACGCAAAUAUUGUUGGCUCAAGAAGCUAAGUUACAAGUGGAAAAAAUUCAGGCUAAAAGAAAUAUAACGAAGGCAAAAUUAGAUUCAGUGAAUGAAAGGCUUGCUGAUUUAGAGAAGAAGUGGGACACAUUUGCAAAUAGCAGUAAUAGCAAGAUUCAAAAUUUUAAAUUAAAAUAUCUCUAUGCCAUAAAAAAUCAGACCGCAAAAUCAGUUGUCAAUGAUAGGAAGAAAAUUUUGGAACAGUUAGAAUCCUUGGAGAAACGACUACGAAAUGGUACAAUUUCGGAAGAUGAGCAUCGGAUUCUUAGAGAUUCUCUUCAACAAAAGCUCCAACAAACGAGUAUAGAAAACAAGGUAAAGGAAGAAAAUAAAAGAAAUCAACAUGAUCUAUCAAAAUUGUUUGAUAAAUCACUGGCAUCCGCUAGAAGCUUAUUGGAAAAUAAUGCUACUAGAUCAGUAGCGACUAAGCAACAACUUUAUGAUAACAUAAAUAGGCUGAAAAAAUAUAAGGAAAAUUUCGAAGAUGGUAAUUUUUGUAAAGCCUAUAUGAUGGAAACGUGUAGAGAAGCUGCAGAAACGUUAUUCUAUAAUGGUGUUAAGAUGCCUGUUGUAAAUGAAUUGCUUCAAGACUAUGGUAUUGUUUUUAAAGAUUUGAAUAUGCUAAAAGUUGAUAAGAGAUCACAAUACUUUAAGAGUUUAUCUAUUGCUAGGGAAUUAGUCAAAGAUUCGGAUAGAACAGAGGAUUCAAAAUGGCAGAUUUACGAUUACCUAAAUGUAUUAGAAAAUUUUAGACUAUCAAUUGAUAAAGGUAUUCCUCCAUCACAUGUACUAAAAGGACAUAUUGGAAAAGCUAUUAUUCGUUUGAAGGAGCUGGGCUUAAAAAUGGAAAAGCUUUACGAUAAUUUAGCAGUUUACGGAGUACCAAGCACUAUAGAGGGUAUGAAAUCUAAAUACCCAGAAUUGAUCAAUUUUGUAGGUGAUUCUGAUCAAAAUUCCAGUUAUGCUGAUUUUAAGCAAGCUUUCAAUGAGCAAUUGAAAAUUAAAAAUACAGAUGCCUUGUAUAUCAAAGAUUGGAAGAAUACUGAGAAUAGUGUCAGUGGCACUUAUGGUAUAGCAAAUAUCCAUGCUGCCGAUGACCAACAACAAAUAAGAGACCUGUUAGAUACCUUAAAGCAGGAUGAAUCUAUUAUUGAAGGUGAAUCAUUGACCCCUGAAGGAAUGACAGUUAAUCUUCUGAAGCAUCAGCGUGUCGGAUUACAAUGGCUAAUAAACCUGGAAAAUUCAAAGAAAUGUGGUGGUUUACUAGCUGACGAUAUGGGUCUAGGUAAAACCAUACAAGGGAUAGCUUUAAUGCUAGCAAACAAAUCGACAAAUGAUGAUUUUAAAACUAAUUUAAUAGUAGCGCCAGUUUCUGUUUUAAAGGUUUGGGAAGGUGAAUUUCGUACCAAACUAAAGGAAAAGCUGAAUUUUUCAGUAUUUAUUUUUGGAGGAGCUAAUGGUGUGAAAGUGUCAGAAUGGAAAUCCUUAUCGGAAUACGAUGCAGUUCUUGUAUCUUAUAGCACGUUAGCAAUUGAGUUCAAAAAACACUGGCCUGCCUCUUUAUUAUCUGCAACGGGACAAAAUGUUCCAGCUGUAGGGGACUUGAAAGGUUUAAAUUCUUUGAAGAAGAAAAAUGAAUAUUGGUCUCCAUUCUUCACUAGCACGUCCGAUUUCUAUAGAAUAAUAUUGGAUGAAGGACAAAAUAUCAAAAAUAAAGAUACGCAAGCAGCAAAGGCAUGUUCAUCGUUAAUUUCGAAGUAUAGAUGGGUGUUUUCUGGUACUCCAAUCCAAAAUAAUUUAGAUGAACUUUAUUCCUUAAUAAGAUUUUUACGGAUUGCACCAUAUAAUAGGGAAGAAAGAUUUAAAAGAGAUAUCUCUUCUGCAUUUUCUACUAAUAAAAAAUCAUCUACGGUAACUGAUUCAGAUUUCCAGAAGCGAGCAUUAAAGAAGUUAAGAGUGCUUUUGAAAGCAAUUAUGCUCAGACGUUCGAAAACUGAUAAGAUUGAUGGAAACCCUAUUUUGGAAUUGCCUCCAAAGUUUGUGAACAUUCAUGAAGAAUCCCUUGAAGGAGAAGAGAAAGAAUUUUAUUCAUUGUUAGAACAAGUCAAUAAAAAGAAAGUUCAGAAAUUACUUUCCAAGAAAGUAAAGGGAAAUUAUAGUAGUAUUCUGACAUUGCUGUUACGUUUAAGGCAAGCAUGCUGCCAUUCAGAAUUAGUAGUUAUAGGUGAAAAGAAAGCAGAAGCAUUAAAACUAGUCAAUGGAAAAAACUACGAAAAGGACUGGUUGAGGUAUUUUAACCGUAUAAAGGGAAUGUCUAUUUCUUGUCGAGAAAAUGUUAUUUACAGCAUGGACAUGAUGACAUGUUUUUGGUGCUUAGAGCAGUUAGAACCGGAAUCGACAUCUGUUUUAACCGGUUGUGGUCAUUUGUUAUGUGAUUCCUGUGUCGAACCAUUUGUAGAAGAAUCCUCUUCUGAUCGAACUGCAAGAGAAGUUGAUAAUAGAAUAUAUGUUCCGUGUAAAGAGUGUGGUUCAUUGACUGAUGAUUCUGAGAUUACGUCAUAUCAGUUAUAUGACAAGGUGAUAAAUCAGAACUUUACUGAAAAUGACUUGAAGAAAGAUUAUGAAGAACAGGUAAGGAAUAUGAAGUAUAACUCGAAUAAACUCAUAACAAUUGAUUUUAGUAAGUUAGAAAUGUCUACGAAAAUUAAACAGUGCAUAGCAGUCAUUAAAGAAGUAUUUUCUAAAUCUUCCACUGAAAAAAUUGUUAUUUUUUCUCAGUUCAUUACAUUUUUUUCAAUCUUAGACUAUUUUUUGAAGAAGGAGCUUAAUAUUGAAACAUUUCAGUAUGAUGGUUCGAUGAAUGCUCAACAAAGAUCGGAUGUGUUGAGUGAUUUUUACAAAAGUUCGAGCACUAGAGUUUUGCUUAUUUCUAUGAAGGCUGGUAACUCCGGGUUAACUUUAACUUGUGCAAACCACGUCAUUAUUGUUGACCCAUUUUGGAACCCUUAUGUUGAAGAACAAGCUCAAGACAGAUGUUAUAGAAUUAGUCAAACCAAAACAGUUCAGAUUUACAGGCUCUUUAUUAAAAAUUCAGUCGAAGAUAGAAUAAAAGAAUUACAGGAUAGAAAGAAAAAAAUGGUUGAUGCAGCAAUGGAUCCUAGAAAGAUGAAAGAAGUCAACAGUUUAGGUGCAAGAGAAUUAGGUUUCUUAUUCGGUCUAAAUUCAUUGGAAUAA